UUGUCUCGGUGUUUGUAUGGUUGUAUGCUAAAUAAAAGCUCAUAUCGUAGGCUCGUAGCUCAUCACUUAUAGCCGCCGUAAAAACUCACUACGAGAACUUGUCCGAGAUAUACAAGUUAUAAAGGUUGCAUUGUGUUGAUUGACAUACUAAUUUCUCAGUCGUUUCUUACAAAUUUGCAAUAUGGGUGUCCCCAAGUUUUACCGGUGGAUCAGCGAACGCUAUCCUUGCCUCAGUGAAACAGUAAAAGAAUAUCAGAUACCUGAAUUUGACAAUUUAUACCUGGACAUGAAUGGAAUUAUUCACAACUGCUCUCACCCCAACGACGAAGAUGUGCACUUCAGAAUCUCUGAAGAAAAAAUUGUUUCUGACAUAUUUCACUAUUUGGAGGUCCUGUUUCGCCUCAUUAGACCCCAAAAGGUCUUCUUCAUGGCAAUUGAUGGAGUUGCCCCUCGUGCCAAAAUGAACCAGCAGCGUGGUAGAAGGUUCCGCUCAGCUAAGGAAGCUGAGGAUAAAGAAAAAGAAGCUCUGAGAAAGGGUGAGGUUUUGCCAGAAGAGAAAAGAUUUGACUCCAAUUGCAUCACUCCUGGAACUGAAUUCAUGGACAAUCUGCAAAAACAGUUGCAAUUUUUUGUCACCAAUAAAGUAUCUACUGAUCCUCUGUGGCAAAAUACGCAAGUAAUUUUGUCUGGACAUCAGGUUCCAGGAGAAGGUGAGCACAAGAUUAUGGAGUUUAUUCGAUUUCAAAGAAGUCAACCAGACUACAACGCCGAGACUCGUCACUGUCUUUAUGGGUUAGAUGCUGAUCUCAUGAUGUUGGGUUUGUGCUCUCACGAACCAUAUUUCUCCUUGCUCCGAGAAGAAGUUAGAUUUGGUGGAAAGAAAAACGAAAAGAGGAUUACGACUCCUGAGGAGACUACAUUUCAUUUACUGCAUUUGUCACUAUUCCGUGAAUAUUUGGAUCUUGAAUUUGCCUCUGUGAAGCCUAAAUUGAAAUUUCCCUACGACUUGGAGCAUAUUAUUGAUGACUGGGUCUUGAUGGGAUUUUUGGUUGGAAACGAUUUCAUUCCUAAUCUACCACAUUUCCAUAUCAACAAAGGGGCAUUACCGCUACUCUACUCGGCUUACAUGGAAGUUCUACCCACUCUGGAUGGGUACAUUAACGAGAACGGUCAGCUGAACUUGCCACGCUUCGAAAAGUUUAUGGAACGUCUAGCGCUCAUAGACUACGAAAAUUUUAAUGACACCUUCGCUGAUGUCAAAUGGCUGGAGAGUCGACACGGUCGCAAGAAACUUGUCGAGUACGAGUUUGAAAAAAAACCGCCUACUGCACGACCCUCUGAUACUGCCAGCUUUUUGCUUGCCAAGGCUGCUGAAGUUGACGAUCUCUUGAGAGAAGAUAGCGCCGAUUCUGAUGAGAUUGUUGUUGACAAGCUUGUCGACGCCUCAGCUUGUAUCACGGAAAGCGGAGAAGAAACGGAACCUGAUAUCGACGAGGAAACCAAUGAUGAGGAAGGAGAAAGUUACGUUUCCGACGAUGACGAGUACACGUCGGCCGACGAAGACAAGCAAUUCCAGCUGGAAUUCAAAGCUCACAAGAGGAAUUAUUACAUGGAAAAAAUGGAAUACAGCGAAGUCGACAGUGAUGUUCUUCGGGAUCAAGCCGAGGGUUACGUUCUUGCCAUUCAAUGGAUCCUUCACUAUUAUUAUAAUGGUGUGUGCUCAUGGUCUUGGUACUACCCACAUCAUUAUGCUCCCUACGUUUCUGAUGUCCGUAAUUUCGCCAACCUCAAGUUGAAAUAUGAUCUCGGCCAGCCUUUCCUGCCCUACGAGCAGCUGUUGGGAGUACUACCUGCAGCCAGCAAAGCCCUGUUACCGGUUGCUCAUCACAGUUUGAUGUCCUCCAUCGACAGUCCGAUUAUCGAUUAUUACCCUUCUAAUUUUAAUACGGACAAGAAUGGGAAACAACAAGAGUGGGAGGCUGUAGUGCUGAUUCCUUUUAUCGACGAGAAGCGACUUAUAUCUGCCAUGAAAGAUUGCGAGUCGCGAUUAUCAGACCAAGAGAAAAAUCGCAAUCGGCAUGGGCCCAUGCAAGUCUAUGUGUUUUGUGAAGAGGACCUUGGAGAGUGUGUUGCACCUGCUUACUUCCCUACUAUCCCUCACAAUCACUGCCGAUGCAAGGAGAUAACCAGAGACGCAUUCGUCAUCUCAUCCGAUCAACUUGUGAAGGGUCUUCACCCUAACUAUAAUCCCGAUCGAUACAUUCCCGGGUUCCCCUCGAUGAGAAAUCUACCGUAUACGGCAAGUUUGAAGAAGUCUUCCAUCUGUGUGUUCAACAUGAACACCCUCAAUGAGUCGCAGGUUUUGUCGCUGGUCCAAGAAACGGUGCCUGAUAUCAACGACAUCGGGAAUCGCUAUUGCGGCCAGACUGUCUUCGUCAGUUGGCCUCACUUGCAGGAAGCUCGGGUUGUGGCUGUUGCCAAUACAGAGUGCAAAUACAGCUUCGAAAUUGAAUCGUUUGGUGAAGGUGGUAGCGUCACCUACAAAUUGGAUGGAGAAAUUCGCAAAAUGCCAAUGUUGCCGCGAGACGUGGACGACUGGCGCUUGCAAGAAAAGGAAAUUCGAACACGAUAUGCCAAUCGAUGGGGUGUUGACAUCGGUACUACGCCUAUUUUAGUUUACGCCGCACCAAUUACCGGACGAAAGUAUGUCUACACACAAAACGGGCGUGUUACUUUGGAGAAGCAAUGGAGCCCUAUCCCAGUCCCGUACGUCUUCCAGGCCACUGUCAAAGAACUGCAAGUCAAGGAGACGGUUUGUCACCAGUUUUCGACUCUCGCUGAAGUCUUCUCACAGAACUCGGCCUGUUUCAUGUUAGGCCAUCCUGGCUACGGUCUACAGGGCAAAGUUUUAUCAGCUGACAAGAACCUCAAAGGAAAAAUCCGCAUUGAAUUUGACAACAUUCACGAACCAGAAGUCGAAGAAGUUAAGAAACGAUCCUCCCAGGCCCAUUACAUGCCUGGCUAUGCUGGAGCCAAGCGGCUCGGUAUCAGCACGCAUUUAAUUUCACGAAUCACUGGGACCAUCUAUCUUCUUUUAAGUCCGACCGAAGAGGAGAAAAACUCGGACAGGCCUCGCAGACCAAAGAAAGUCAACGUCGGUCUCUCCUUAAAGUUCAACAAGUCAAAGGAAGAGAUCCCUGGUUGGUCCAAGAAGGUUGACAGUGGCUGGCUUUACUCGGCGAAUACAAUUAAAGUCCUGGACCGCUACAUCAACGAGUUCCCCGACUUCUUUGAUUUCUUGUCGCAGCACUCGGGUUCGGAUGAUUUUACCGAUCAGCAAGUGUUUGGUGAAGACGGGGUUGAACGAGCCUGCAAGCUUCACGAGUUUGUCCAGACACUUCCGUGUAUAAAUGCUGAACGAAGGGCUUGGGGAUCGGAAGGAAUAGAUGCCAACACCUUGUCGUACCUGGCGAAACUGGGCGCUCCCAAAUUGAUGAAACUGAGACCUUUAGUCAUGCAAGUGCGUCCACAUCUGCUUUUCAAACCGGAUUUGAUGUCCGGAUCCUCUCCGCCAGACCCUAGUGCCAACUAUCAGCUCCUAGACCGAGUUGUGAACGUUCGUCAAGGCUACUCGGUUCCUAUGGGUCUUCGAGGAACCGUCGUCGGCAUAAAAAAUGCGUCCAAAGUGAUGGAUGUGGUCUACGAAAUCCUGUUCGACGAAGAAUUCGCUGGCGCUUUACCAAUCAAAGGAAUGCCCGAAGUACCCAACAGAAUCUACCACCUUCCUGUUUGGGCGAUGAUCAACUUAACUCAUGGCAUAAGGCAGCACUCUGAGCGAGAAAAACAAGGGAAGCCUACGGCAGUGGUCCGGCCGUCCGGCAGCGCUCUGAAUAAGCCAACCGAGCCGGCUAGCAGGAAUCCGCCGAAGCAGAAUCAUAGCUCAUAUAAAGCAUCGCUAGAACACCAGCCAGCGCAAGCCAAGCAAGUGACCCAGCCCAAAUUGCUGACGAGAAAGAAAGCAGAAAAUGCUCCUGUUGCAGCCGCUCCUGAAAAUAAGCCUAUUUCUUCAGUCAAUCGCAUUCCGGCCAAAUUGGCUCCCAGUCCUUCGAGUCUUCCUUCUCCUUUCAUGGAUAUUUGGAACUCUUUGGUUCAACAGCAUGAGCAGCAGCAGCAGCAACAACAACAAGGAGCAACCAGUUUAAUCACAACUACGCAUGUUACCGCUCAAGAACCACCUAAAAACAAACAACCACCGCCCCAGGUCAAAACUUCAAGAGAACCUCCAGUUCCAGUGGCUCCGAAACUACCAUCUCUUCAGGAAGCUGCUCGCAAUCUUCCAAAAAUUACCAAACUUCCCAAGGGAGCAUCUGCAGUGCCUCCGGGACCAUUGCCACGUGCGGCACCUCCGCCACCUGAAGUUCUCAUGCAGGCCAUCCCACCUCCACCACUUCCUGCUGGAGUCUCUAUUCCCUUGGGGCCUUCGCUGUCUGUGCAACAACUAUUUGACAUGGCAAGCCAAGCUGCGAUUGCUAAUCCAAUCAUACCUAGACAACCACCUCCUGCUGUAUUUAGUUUCUGCCUUCAGUUGAUGGAUGUCAUGCAACAGAAAGGAUGUGGGCUUCCCGUUUACAACUACUUGUUACUACAAGAUGGUAGUGUGAUGGCAGAGGUCUCCGUCCUCCCGCUGGGAGUCGUUGGGAGAUGUGCUGCAAAAUCAAAGAACGAGGCCGCAGAACAAGCAGCUGCCAUGGCAUUGCACAACCCCAUGAUUAUGCAGCCCAUGGUUGCUCCUCCCCCUACAAUUCCUCAUCCUGGCAAUAUGAUGUUUGUCCCUCAGUCUCCCAAUAUGCAAUUUCAACCGAUACGAGGUCCCGUAUCCAACAGUUUUGUGCCAAUGCAAGUUACUCGCCAGUCCGUUCACCACCAACCUAGGACUCAGCAAGUUGCUCACCCACUUCCUUCUACACCUUCCAACUUGGCACCGAAAAAAGAAAAGAACGAAGUGCAAAAGGCUCCUGUAGAGAAAGUCGUUCCUGUCAAAGCGGAUGAACAGUCUGUUCCGGCUGUGUCAUCUGAAAUUACAAGUCAACCUCAAAUUCAAGAAAGACCUCUUUCUACGUCAAAACCACCCGGAUCGCGAUUGGCUAUUCGAUUCAAUGGACCGUAAAAAUAAGAUUGGUGAUUCUUAAAAGACCGUCACACUUUAAGAUUUGUUUGAAACAUUUUAAAAAUUUGAACGCGCACGGAUCUUAUUCUAGUACAAGAAAUUGUUUUGGUUAUUUGUGGUUUUUCUUUCACUUUGAUUCAAUAUAAUGGAAAUAAUACAAUGGCGACAAAUUUUA